UUAGUAAACACGUAAUUUUGAAUGAAAACAACAAGAGAAAUUUUCCAGUUGCUUUCCAGAGCGCAAAAUAAAUCAAAACCUAAAUUCCCAAUUGUUAGUUUUAUGUGGAGUGAAACAGCCGACUCAAAAGUGAUAGUAGUGUAAAUAAAAACAUUUGUGAUUGUUGAAUGAAUUAAAUUUGUUGAAAUUCUUUAAUAUAAUACUAUACAUUUGACAUGUAUAACUUUUUAUACGCAUUUGAUGUGUAAGUCGUACACUAAUCUUGAAGGAGCAACGCAAGAUAUCCGAGAAGCAAGAUUUCAAUUAAAAGAUAAACUGGAUUUGUCGGUGCAUGGAAAAGAAGUGUGAAAGGGGACCAAUUGUCGGCGCCAAUUGUUUCAACUGGAGCACUGGAGCGAAACGGUAGGGGGUGUAUAAAGAUCGAGCAUUGCUCGCACUGUGCGGUUCGUCGCUCGGUUUUUGCCUUGGCAGAGCUCCACUGUGAUACGGAUUUUUACGUUCAGUGGUUGUUUGGUUUUGCCCCGUUUGUUUGACGCACGCUGCGCGGCAAGAAAAUUGUUGUGGCAGUAAAAAACAAGUUAGCACGCAAUGGCAUUGGCUAUAUGCUGGCAGUGCUUGAAUCAGUGGGCACAGGUAAAAUCUUCACGGAAAAAACAAUAUCGAAAGCAUUAAUAAAACAACAAAAACUGAGCUUACUACGUGAGUGGUUUCGGUUUGUAGACGGUGAAGUUUUGUUUUUUAUUGCCUGAGUUCGUGCUGCUUGGGUGAUUCAGCCUCGAGAUCGAGACUAGCGUAGUCUGCAGUCGUGAAAAGAAUCUACGUUCAACAUCAACAGAAGGCAAAGAAUUUGCCUUCGUGCAACAAAAAAGACGAGUUCAUAGACGGCAUCAUCAAAUGUGGCAAAGGCGAAGCCAGUAAAUCGCACGGGUAAAUUAAAAAGGGUAACAAUGAAGAAACGUAUUACUGUGGUCGUAUAAAUAGAAGCGCUUAUAAACUCAAAACGGAAAUCACGUUUGCUGUUGGCGUUAGUACAUACACACUCUUAGAAUAUAAAAUACGAAAUGGAAAUUCUCAUGAAAUUAAAAUGCUCACCAUCUGUACCCACACACGGCAAUAAUACCACGCACUCGACCCUAAAAGUCGUUGACCAUCAUCAUCAACUAACUCAACAACAUGCAACAUUGCCAGCGUCUGCAACAACAGCCCCACCAACACUCGUGCGUUUGCCUUCACAAUCAAACAUAAAUUAUGGCUCACCACCAUCAUUACCGUCGAUCGCUGUUCAAGCCGUACCGCGUGUACCAACUAAAAGACCAUCUUUGAAUUAUCCAAAAUCAUUGGACUGCUGCAAUAUCCCAACUGGCCAACAGGGAAUUGAAAUAUUUAGCAUACCAUGGGAUCAGCAAGGACGCCGCGACAUUACGUACGAAGUUUCCAUGCAAAGACCUCCUUCCUGCUGCUCAACUAACUUGCCUGCUUGUUGUAGUACAUAUGGCACACCGCCGAAUGCGUCGCAUUCAGCUGUCACGGCGCAACUACCACAACCCCCACCACUACUGCAGGCACCUAACAUUCAUCCUCCCCCAUUGACAUUCCAAUUUGCUUCUUCAGAGGAGAUUUCUGAAAAUGGUUCAGUGGCGGAUUUAAAUACACACUACGAAUAUCAAGAGCCUGAAGAAAAUUUUAUCUCGAUAGAAGAUACUAAAAUAAAAGGCUUGUUAAUGAAAAUUGGUCGAGAAUGUGCUUUACAGAAAAAGAGAAGAAGCUCUACGAACUGUUCAAAAGAAUCCGAGCCUAAAACAAAAGAUAAUCAAGUCGUAUAUGAAAUUAUUGAUUUAGAUGAUGAAGAUGACCGAGAGGAGCUACGACAAAUAAUGAAUGAAGUAGAAAACAACACUCUUAAAAAUGAUGUACAAACUGAUGUUCAGCACAUUGCCUUGUCAGAUUUAAAUUCAUCUACCAUCAGGAAAGAGAAAUGUAGAGCCAGACUCAAAUCUCCAUGCAUUAGCCUUAUUCCGAAGAGUCCGUCGUUUACAAAAAAGUCGACGAAAUUGACUCCUCACAAAAAAAUCGAACUCUCCAAGGAACGUAUCAUUGCGCAUAUUGAACUCUCAGAUAGCAGUGACUCUGAACCCGAGCAAGAGAAUACGGAAAAUGAAGUGACUCUGGUGGGAUUUAAUAGCGAUGACGACGAUGAUGAGCUAUCAUUCGCCGCUGCAGCUGUUAGUUGUGAAUUGAAAUGCGACGAUGAUGACAUCAAUGACGUCGUGAAAGAAUCCGGCAUUGGGAAGGCGGGUAUAAAUGUUUCCAGCAACGAAGUUGUUGUUCUCAAUUCAGAUGAUGAAAACAUCGAGUUCAUCGAUAAGCCCGAAAAAGUACUAGAAUUGAAUUGGGAAGAUUUAGAUAGACGUGAAAAGGGUCGACAAUUUUUCGAAUGUUAUUUAUGUGGCAAAAAAGUGCAAUCAAGUUAUAAUUUGAGAAGACACAUGAUGAUACACACAGGUGAACGUCCAUUUGGUUGCGAUAUGUGCGAUCGGAGGUUUCGUGAGUUCAGCGACCUGAAGAAACAUCGCCGCCGACAUUCAAACGAAGCGAAUUUCGUGUGCAUGGUUUGUCGUGUUAAGCCGCCCAUGAUUCAAGAUUCAACACGUUGCAAUGACUGCGAUUCGAAGACGAGCGCAAUAACAGCCGCAAUGCGACCGCAACUUUCCGCGUCACCGUCUUCUUCGCCAGACAAACCACAAACACCAUCGUUGCCCACCCCACCUCUACCACCGCCGCCACUCAUUGCAAGACCUGUGCUGUCUGCUGAGAGCUUUCAUGAUGCCUCAGCAGCAACGGGAGAUACCUUAAUUGAAAACUCGACUACGAUAAGCAACAACAACGAACAAAAAGUUAAAGAAAAGUCUACACAAGAUAUUGAACAUUCCGCCUCUUCACUGAAACGCUCGAAUUCUACACCUUUACUCAGCUCAGAUAUGCCGUCUUUGGUGCCGAUAAAUGCACCGAUUACAGUCAAUAAAACCACACCAAGUAGCACUCAGUUGUUGCUGGACAAUAUUCCUGUGGUUCAUCGACCCAACUAUAAUCAGUUAGGUGUUGUAACACGCAGAGAAUUUCCCUGUCCACUGUGUCAGCGGCCGUUUGGUACGCGGCACAAUCUGAAGCGCCACUUCAUGAUACAUACGGGCGAAAAACCAUUUUCUUGCAAUAAAUGCCGCAAACCGUUUCGAGAAUACUCAACCCUAAAGAAACACAUGGCGACACAUCAACGCGAUCGCUAUUAUAAAUGUCUACAUUGCCCAAGAAAAUAUCGCGACUACUUGGAAUACAGCGAACAUAAGAAAACGCAUGCAAACGAGGAAGAUGACGACGAUGAUGACGACAUGAAUUUUGAUCAGCAACAAUUGAGCUCUUCUAGUACCGUGUCCAGUCCACAAAAGAAAGCAAGAACACAUUGUGACAGCAGCUACGAUUCAAACGAAGAGGACUCGUCAAACGAAGAUUGGCUAGAGUGCUGCGAGUGUAAGCAACGCUUCACAGAAAUCGAGUUGUAUACCAAACACUUGAAGGAACACGAUCCCAUGGUGUACCUCUACGAAUGCUAUAUCUGCAAAAAGACCUUUGAGCAGCGCGAUGAAUUAAUUGAGCAUGUGGGCGCUUGCAAGGAAGAAUUGCGCGAAACAGCAUUGCAACGUGCUACGUGCUUUAAUUAAUCCUUGUAUUUCUUCCAAAAGUGAUUUGACCAUACAAUAUAUGUUCACUUGCACAUGCCGUUAUAUAGCGUUGAUCUACAUAAAUGUUAAUACCCAGCGUAUUAAUCUGUCUCCAGGCAACAAACGCCUGUUAAGUCCACAUUUUUUAGAAUAUUGUAUAUAAGGAGUUAAGUACUUAAGCUUUUCGAUAUGAAUGUAUUAUUACAAAUUACUGUUUUACCGAGUGAUGAGCGUUUAGUUUAACAUUUAUGCUUCUUAAAGCAGAGAUCGUUUAUGAAUGGAACUUUUUUUUUCAUAGUAUUCCAGUGACAUUCCAUUUUAGUAUUUAAUUUCGUAUUUAUACAAAAUAUUAUCCCCAAGAAAAAGUAAAAGUAUUAUGAGAUUACAUAUGAUAAGGUAUAGAGUAUAAAAUACAGCUAUGGAUUUCGAGAAAUGCAGCUAAAGCAACGUAGUGACUUUUGAUAAAAAAAAUUAUGAAUAAUUUGUGUCUGAGACAAUUUGAUUGUAAAGUCGAAAAUCCGCAUGCAAUUUCUUAAAUAUUUAAUCCAAAUUUAGUGCAAUAAGUUCUCAGUAGAGCAUAAACAUUAUUUUAUUUUUUACUUAGAUAUACUAUUAGUUUAUCUUUUUUUACUCCCAUGUUCCUUAAAUUGUUGGGCCUACAGCUUUCAUAGUAUACGCUCUUUCUCUAUAAACAGUCUCGAAUGUUGUUACUUGAAAUUGAAACAUGAAAAACACUUGUGAUUCUCAAAAACAAAAAAAAAACCUUUUUGGUAUAAAAAUUAAUGAUAGUGUAUAUUUUAUAGAAAUAUGUAUAUUUAUACCACGUUUACAUGUAUACCAUGAUAUUGCAAAUUCUUUAUAAAAUAAAGUACACAUAUUUUAUUGAAUUUAUAAUUGUUUUUAAUUUAUUAGUUCUUAAAAGUUACAAACAGUAACUCAAGGGAUACUUUACGCAUAAUCCUCUAACAUAUUUAAAGUGUCAUAUUCUGCAAAUAUCGCAACUUUUUUUUAACUUUUUUCAACUCGAAAGUAUAAACCAAAAUUGUUAUAAGAGCUACACGUUAAUAACAAGUCCGAAGAUAAUAAUAGAAUUAACUUAAGUAUUCGUCAUAACGGAUCCAUUCAGUCGAAAUCUUUCCUCUAACCAAAAACCAACUAACCAAUGUGCGAUUGAUCAUUUAGUUUAUUUUACAAAAACAAUCACAUAUUGUUAAUCAGGGUGUGACGUAAAUUAAUAAAUAUAUUCAUAAAUCAGAUAUCAAAUAUAAACCAAACAAAAAAGAAACAAUUUUCUUCAUAUCAUUAAUUAGUGAAAUCCACUUUUUGUUUACAUAAAUUAUUAUAAUUUAUAUACAUAUACAUACAUUACAGACUUAAAAAUAACAGUAUAACUACUAAAUGAAAGUGAAAUGAAAUGACUGCCAAAUACGCGCAGUCUGACUUAUAGACAAAAUAAAUUUACAGUAAAUGGACUAUGACAUGAAUUAGAAGGGAUAACUAAACUCUACAAAAAUGAGUUGAUAACAAUAAAUGAUGGCGGGCAAAUAUAUCUAUGUCAACUUAACAUCGAACUUUUUUCUCUAUAAUCCUAGUACUUUCUAGCCAACUACUUGUGUAAUAUCGAGGGCAAAAUACGAAUGGAGAAAACUAAAAACAAGUUUAGAAAUCCUCCUCUGAUUAA